AAUGAAAUUGGGCAAGAUGGCGACCGACAAUGGAGAAAAUUUUGACCAAAACAGAGAUCGUGAAGGAAAAUCGAAAGAAGAAAAAUUGUUCACGUUGAAAAAGUGGAAUGCCGUUGCAAUGUGGUCUUGGGAUGUUGAGUGUGACACAUGUGCCAUUUGUAGAGUACAAGUCAUGGAUGCCUGCCUUCGCUGUCAAGCCAACAGUAAACAAGAAGAAUGUGUUGUUGUUUGGGGAGAAUGCAAUCAUUCGUUUCAUAACUGUUGUAUGUCACUUUGGGUUGUUCAGAACAAUCGUUGUCCUUUGUGCCAGAAAGAAUGGGUUGUCCAAAGAAUUGGCAGGUGAUAGUUGGCAUAUUCCUAAAUACACCAUUUUGCCACACAGGAACAGCAGUGAUAAUACCAGAGAUAUAAAGUACAUUUGUAUAUAAUUAUUGUACCUGGCUUUAUCUAUAAGAGGAAAGUUUGUUGUUGUGAUCCACAGUCUCACAUCUAAUGUGAGAGUGCAAAAACCUCUAAAUAGGCUGAAAUUAGAACUGGAUUAAUAUUUCCAUCAAGGAGGUCCUCAUGGGACUUUGAUUAAGUUCUAAUUAUAAUGAAUAGAAACAAAACUUUGUUUUCAUUUAAUAUUUGGCAAGCCUUUAUAGUGUUUUUGUAUAAAGAAUUUGUAAGAAACAUUUUAAUCU